CCCGCGGGCGGCGGCGGAGUGGGACUCGGCGCUGGCGCUGGUGUGGGCGCCAUGGACGCCGACGCGGGGUCGGAGAACCCGCCUGCCGAGCGCGGCGACCCGGGCCUGACUCCGGAGGAGGACGCGCGGGCCCGGGCAGAGUUCGCGGCGCUGCACGGCUUGGCGCUGCGCGCGUCCGGGGUCCCCGAGCGGUACUGGGGCCGCCUCCUGCACAAGCUGGAGCACGAGGUGUUCGAUGCCGGGGAGAUGUUCGGGAUAAUGCAAGUGCAGGAAGUGGAGGAGGAGAGUGAGGGCGAGGAGGCCCGGGAAGCGAGGAAGAAGCAGCCCAACCCCGGCGGCGAGCUCUGCUACAAGGUCAUCGUGACCAGCGAGAACGGGCUCCAGGCGGCCGACCCCAACAGCAUCUUCCUCAUCGACCACGCCUGGACGUGCCGCGUGGAGCGCGCGCGCCAGCAGCUGCAGCAGGUGCCCGGGCUGUUGCACCGCAUGGCCAACCUGAUGGGCAUCGAGUUCCACGGCGAGCUGCCCAGCGCCGAGGCCGAGGACCUGGUGCUGGAGGAGAUGUGGCGGUUCAACCAGACCUACCAGCUGGCCCACGGGACGGCCGAGGAGAAGGUGCCAGUGUGGUACAUCAUGGACGAGUUCGGCUCGCGCAUCCAGCACUCGGACACACCUAGCUUUGCCACUGCACCCUUCUUCUACAUGCCCCAGCAGGUGGCCUACACGCUGCUGUGGCCCCUGCGGGACCUGGACACGGGCGAGGAGGUGACCCGGGACUUUGCCUACGGAGAGGCUGACCCUCUGAUCCGGAAGUGCAUGCUGCUGCCCUGGGUCCCUGCCGACCUACUGGACUUCAGCUCCUCCACGCCCGAGCCGCCAGAUGAGCACUAUCAGGCCAUUUUGGAGGAAAACAAGGAGAAGCUGCCGCUUGCCAUCAGUCCGGUGGCAUAUCCCUGUGACCACAUCUUCAAGGUCUACACAGACAUUCAGCUGGUGUUCAGCCACCUCACGCACCCACGCUUCACCUUCACCCAGAGCGAGGCGGAUGCUGACAUUCUCUACAACUUCUCCCACUUCAAGGACUACAGGAGGCUCAGCCAGGAGAGGCCCAACGUGCUGCUGAACCAGUUCCCCUGCGAGAACCUGCUGACGGUGAAGGACUGCCUGGCCUCCAUUGCGCGCCGGGCAGGGGGCCCCGAGGGCCCGGCCUGGCUGCCCCGCACCUUCAAUCUCCGCACCGAGUUACCCCAGUUUGUUAGCUACUUCCAGCAACGGGAGAGGCGGGGCCAGGACAACCACUGGAUCUGCAAACCCUGGAACCUGGCCCGUAGCCUGGACACCCACAUCACCAGGAGCCUCCACAGCAUCAUCCGGCACCGCGAGAGCACCCCCAAGGUCGUGUCCAAAUACAUUGAAGAUCCUGUCUUGUUCCUUCGAGAAGACGUGGGGCCGGUCAAGUUCGACGUCCGCUAUGUUGUGCUUCUGCGGUCGGUGAAGCCCCUGAGGCUAUUCGUAUAUGACGUGUUCUGGCUGCGCUUCUCCAACCGGCCCUUCGCACUCGAUGACCUGGACGACUAUGAGAAACAUUUCACCGUCAUGAACUAUGACCCGGAAGUGGUGCUGAAGCAGGUGCACUAUAAUGAGUUCAUCCCUGAGUUUGAGAAGCAGUACCCAGAAUUUCCCUGGAAGAACGUCCAGGCUGAGAUCUUCCAGGCCUUCACGGAGCUGUUCCAAGUGGCGUGUGCCAAGCCACCGCCCCUGGGCCUCUGCGACUACCCCUCAUCCCGGGCUGUGUAUGCCAUCGACCUCAUGCUCAAGUGGGACAACUGUCCAGAUGGGAAGCGGACGAUGCAGCCACAGAUCCUGGAGGUGAACUUCAACCCGGACUGUGAGCGGGCCUGCAGGCACCACCCGAGCUUCUUCAAUGACAUCUUCAGCACCCUGUACCUGGACGAGCCCGGCCACUGCCACGUCACCCGCCUGGUCUAGGUGCUCGUGGCUCCGUGGUGCGUGCCAGCCCGUUCCAGCCUCAGCUCGCGGAGCUGCUUCUGCAGAGCCCGCUCCCCUCCUCCCUCAGGCACAGCCUCGCCUUCGAGCUGUCAUCCCCGCACCACCUCCGGGAGCUCAGGGUCCUCUUCCCCCCGAGGUCAGGAGCAGGGCCAGUCACGGUGUCCCCAGGGCUGAGUGCCA